AUGGCAAAGCAACUAUGUGAGGGUGUUCCGGCAUCAGAACAGUAUCACGUGACUGGCACACAUUAUUGGAAAGCUCUCAACGUCCUCUUUCAAACGACCACAAAACCGCACGAAGCUAAUCACAGGAAGCUAAGAUAUUCUGCCCUAAAGAUCGGCCAGAAAUUAUGCUAUAGUGCCGGCCAAAAUCUGAUCCUCAAAUUAAUUGCGCCACCCGAUUAUUUUUUUACACCAUUUCAGCAACUUAAAAGGCCAGCAAAUGGGCUACACCCUCGACCUCAAAUAUGGCAACCAAAAGGGUUAUAUAGUGGAAAACCCAACUUUACUCCUAUACAAUUGUUAAAAGGCUCCAGAAUGGAAAAACAAACCUCUGCCCUGUUUAGCAACCAAACAGUCACAGACCAGUGA